AUGCCUGUCCCCCCUCAGCUGGAGUACAGCUUCACUUUACAUGUCGAUUUAGAUCAUCCACUUGAUUUUGGCUCCACUGUCUUCGGAGACAGACGAUUCAUCCCUAUCUCCGGCGGUAGCGUAUCCGGGCCUAAGUUGAACGGCAAGAUCAUACCAAAUUCGGGAGGUGACUGGAACACGGUGCGUUCAGAUGACGUGGUACAUCUCUAUGCACGAUAUUCGAUCCAAGCCGAUGAUGGAAGCAUGAUCGGCAUUAUCAACGAAGGGUACGGCCGAGACAGCCAGAAGGCCAUGAAGUCUGUAUUUGAAGACGCCGAUCCCUCCUCCACGUCAAUGGCAAAUGGGGGCAAGGAUUGGUACACGCGCACGAGUCCUAGAUUUGAACUUGCCACGGAAAACAAGAAAUUCCAGUGGUUGAUCAGCUCGGUGUUUUUAGGCGAUUUGAAGCCUCCCACUCGACCAGGUUAUGUUGAGAUUGAUGUGUACCGGGUGUUAUAA